GGCCAUAUUUAACGCCAUAAACCCUUUUUGUUGAAAAACAUAGUUAAACACAUAAAAGCGUUAAGUUUACACGCGCGCUAAACUCUAAAAUCUAUAAAUUAAACGCUCUAGGCUGGCCAAACAGUUUCCAUUUAAGAAAGACGGUUUUCCGUACCACCGCCCGGCGCCCAUGCCGCCCUCAGUUUCUCGCGGAGCGGGCUUUAGGACGCACGCGGCCAUUCUCGAACGUCCCAACAUCUCGUUCGAAAAAGAAUUAAAAAAGGUUUAUGAUCAUUAACUUUUUUUUGCGUGUUUGAGUAGACAGUUUUCCACGGACUGUAACGUUUGUGAGCGUGAUUGUGAAGUGACUUAACAGGAGCUGUCAGCUGUCAAAAACGACGAGAUGGAGGCGAAGGUGAAGGAGGAGGUCCCUGACAAGGACUACCAGCCCUCCACCACCGAGAGGAGAAAACCACCAGCAGGCAAGGAGCACCGCUCCCCAGAACAGGAGGAGAGCCGGUCUUCCCCCACCCCAGGUCCCCCCAGUCCACAAAACAACGGCACAGCAGCCCUAUCUUCCACGGAAUCCCUCUCCCCACCGCUGGGCGAAGCGCGAGCACCGGCGUUACUCCGUCUCCGGCGCUUCCUAUCGGCGUUGCUGCAGUUCGCCAGCGACGUCGGCGCCGACACCGCCGAGCGCGUCAAACACCUCAUAUACAACCUCGCGUCUGGCACGAUCUCGAUUGAGGAGUUCCAAACAGGCGUGCAAGAGUGCACCAACUACCCCCUCCGGGCUUCAGUUCCAGGGUUCCUCCGUGCCCUACUACCAGCAGCUCAGAGAGACCUGCACGCCAGGGCCAGGAGGGCUAAACAGGUACGAACACGAUCGAGGAGUUCCAAACAGGCGUGCAAGAGUGCACCAACUACCCCCUCCGGGCUUCAGUUCCAGGGUUCCUCCGUGCCCUACUACCAGCAGCUCAGAGAGACCUGCACGCCAGGGCCAGGAGGGCUAAACAGGUACGAACACGAUCGAGGAGUUCCAAACAGGCGUGCAAGAGUGCACCAACUACCCCCUCCGGGCUUCAGUUCCAGGGUUCCUCCGUGCCCUACUACCAGCAGCUCAGAGAGACCUGCACGCCAGGGCCAGGAGGGUACGAACACGAUCGAGGAGUUCCAAACAGCCGUGCAAGAGUGCAUCAACUACCCCCUCCGGGCUUCAGUUCCAGGGUUCCUCCGAGCCUUACUACCAGCAGCUCAGAGAGACCUGCACGCCAGGGCCAGGAGGGCUAAACAGACCCCCCUGCAAUACGUGCGCGCCCACGAACACCUAAUCCUAGAGUCGGGCGGCGACGGUGGCGACAUCUUCGCUCAGCCCGGGGAUUCCCUCAAACGACGCGCCAGCGACCCGUUCUACGAACAAACCAACGGUUCGGAAGACUUCCCCCCGCACGCGAAGCGCCCUCCCCCCUCCAGCCUGUUCCUCAAUCCCUCCCCCUUCUUGUAUCCCCUCCCGAGCAACGCAAGCCUGUUCGACUACGGGCACUACCAUGGGUACCAUGGCGGGCAAGAAGGGGGGUUUGAGAGGAGAGAUGGCGGCAUCAGCGUCCGCGACGUGUCCUCAAUGAACGCGUCGUUCCCGGAGCGACUUAACCCUUCGCUGCUCAAGUCGGACGACGAGUGGAAGAACAUCAACACUAUGCUCAACUGCAUACUCAGCAUGGUCGAGAAGACGAAGCGAGCUCUGGCUAUACUGCAGCAGAGAGGAGUGGAGCCCACAGAAAGCAAUGAUAUCAAACGGGCGGCCAGCGAGAUCAUGGCACAAGCAGUCAGACAGACAGAAGAACGGGUAGCCGAGGUACGGCGGCGGGCAGAGGAUGCUGUGAACCAAGUGAAGCGGCAAGCGUUGGUGGAGCUCCAAAGAGCAGUGGGAGCGGCCGAGGCGCGCGCUCUGGAGCUGGUGGCGAAUGAGCGCAAGGAGCGCCGCAGCCCCGCGCCUGCGCCCAGCCCGCCCCAGCAGAACUGCUGCUGGAACUGCGGUCGCAAAGCGCAGGAGACCUGCUCAGGGUGCAACUCAGCGCGGUACUGCGGCGCCUUCUGCCAGCAUAAGGACUGGGAGAGCCAUCAUCAGGUCUGCGCCGGCCGGGAUCAAAAGCCCACCGCACUCCGCACCUCACCACCAGCCACGCAGCCCACUCUCCCCAACAUGCCCACUCUACCCACCUUGCCCACUCUGCCCAGCCUGCCCAAGCCCACACGGGCCCCAACCCCGGAUAACCGACUAUCCCUAACUACCCUUAACUCUGCCGACCGACUGCAUACGAAUCAGGAUAGGAGCCUAUCUUCCACAAGUAACGAUAGGAUUGCGCUUGCAACUCUGUCUACUGCACAGGGCAUUAUAUCAGGCAUUGGGAAGAAAUGACGCCCUAAUAAGGAGGUCAAAAUGCCGAGAAAGGUUAGGAGGUAAAUUGAAGUAUACGGUUCUUGAGUUAAUCAAUCUUUUACUGAUUGAAGGAAAAAUGUAGGUUUUUACAGUUCUAUUUUAACAAGAGAUUUCAUUGAUCGACGCUGGUCAUGAUUUGUUGAUGUAAAGUGUCAUUCUAUGGAACUUGCUAACUAUGUAAACAAACCGCCAUAUUGAAAUUCAAAGAAUGAUGAAUUUACUAGUGACUUUUGUUUACAUAGUUAGCAAAUUCCAUAGAAUGACACUUUAUCGUAUUAUUCCUACGGUAUAGUGCGACAUGAAAUUGUAGAAAUUAGAUAAAAUGGGACUAAAAAAAUUCCAUAGUAAAUUGUUGCCAUGUUUAAGCAUUUUACGUCAAAAAUGUUACAGUUACGUAGGAAGUGGCGCCCUCAAUAAUUUUCUACAAUUUUUUU